CCGCGGCCGCGUCCACCGUCUUCGUGGACGAGAACGGGACGAUCGUCAACGCCACGACGGCGGACGCGGAGGAGCAGAUCACGUACGAGACGCCGCCGACGCUCCCCGCGGCGUGGCUCCCGGAGUUUUACGCCGUCGCCGUGUUCAGCGUCAUCGCGACCACGCACGUCUUGCUGUGCUUCGCGCAGCACUGGAGCGUGAAGUUUCGCGCGUUCAUGAAUUACCGAGAAACCGACGCGAUCAAAGACGGGUCGUACCUCAUGUUCGUGCCGAUGCCGCACCAAGGGAAGGCGGAGAUCGUACGCGUGAACGCGCUGGAGAUACCGGACGCGGACGCCCCGGGCGGCGUGCGAGAGAUGCUGUGGACGACGUUCCAACGCCAGCGAUUCGAAUUUGUGGAGACGGAACGCGGCGGCGGCGCGAACGGGAAGGCGCGCGGCGAAGUCCGCGAGGUCCUCACCCCGGUCGCGAACGCGCUGUCGUCAUACGUGCGGCCGACGCGCGGGCUCACCCCCGCGGCAGUCGCCGCGUACGUGUCGAGGUACGGCGACAACUCCCUACGCGUGCCGUUGCCUACGUUCAUGCAGGUGUACAAAGAACAGCUGAUGGGCCCGGUGACCGUGUUUCAGGUCUUCACCGUGCUCCUGUGGCUCAUGGACGAGUACUGGAAGUACGCCAUCUUCUCCGCCGCGUCGCUGCUUCUGUUCGAGGGCACGACCGCGUUUAGCAAGAUCAAGAACAUUCGCACGCUGCGAGGGAUGGGCCAGGCCCCCGGACGCGUGAACUGCUUACGCGACGGCCGCUGGGAGGACCGAAACACCGAGGAUCUGGUCCCCGGGGACAUCGUGUCCAUCGUGCGCGUCGCCGGCGGCGCGGAGUCGCCGAUCCCGUGCGACUGCCUCGUCUUGCGCGGCUCCACGGUGGUGAACGAAGCCUCGCUCACGGGCGAGUCCGUCCCGCAGAUGAAGGACGCGCUGAGCCCGGAGGCGAUCGCGUCGGACCCGUCCAAGCCGCUCGACAUCGACGGCGAGCACAAGGUGAACGUCUUGUACAGCGGCACGACGCUGAUGCAGCAGAGCACGGGGGAGCAGCCCACGGGCGGAGUCGCGGCGAACCUCCCGAAGACGCCCGACGGCGGGUGCCUGUGCUACGUCCUGCAGACCGGGUUCAGCUCGACGCAAGGGAAACUGAUGCGCAUGAUGGAGUUCUCCUCCGAGCAAGUCACCGGGGACACGUGGGAGACGCUCGUGUUGCUCUUCAUCCUCCUCGUCUUCGCGUGCGUCGCGAGCGGGCACGUCUUCGUCGUCGGCCUGAGGGACGGCAAACGCUCGCAGUACGAGCUCGUGUUGCGUUGCAUCCUCAUCCUGACCUCCGUCGUCCCGCCGGAGCUCCCGAUGCAGACGGCGAUGGCGGUGAACACCGCGCUGCUCGCGCUCAUGAAAGCCGCGGUGUUUUGCACCGAGCCGUUCCGCGUGCCGAUCAGCGGCAAGGUGGACACGUGUUUGUUCGACAAGACCGGGACGCUGACGUCGGACCAGCUCGUCGCCGUCGGCGUCGUCACGCCCGUCUCCGGGGCUGGGGCUGGGGGCGAGGACGGGGAAUACUCCGAGCUCACGCCGUGCGCGGAGGCGUCCAAGGCGGCGUCGCUCGUCGUCGCCGGGUGCCACUCGUUAGUCCAAGUCGACGGGAAGACGUUCGGGGAUCCGCUCGAGCAGGCGGCGCUUCGAGGCGUGAAGUGGCGGUUCGACCCGCGGUCGCAGACGGCGCCGCCGACGCGGUCGUGGACGGGGAGGCCCAUGGUGAAAAUUCUCGUCCGCAACCACUUCUCGAGCGCGCUGCAGCGGAUGUCCGCGGUCGCCAACGUCGUGCAAAACAGCAACGACGCGCCGGCGGCGUGGGUGCUGAUGAAAGGCUCCCCGGAGAUUGUCGCGACGUUGCUGACGAAGAAACCCGCGGGGUACGACCGCGCGUACCGCAAGCUCGCUGAGCAAGGGUACCGCAUCAUCGCGCUCGCGCAUCGCGUGUUGUCGACGGACGAAGCGCACAGAGUGAAGGACCCGCGGUGCCCGCUCACGAGGGACGAGAUGGAGCGCGGACUCACAUUUGACGGAUUCCUCGCGUUCGCGUGCCCCGUGCGGACGGACACCCCGGACGUCGUCAAGGCGCUGAAAGCGUCCUCGCACACGGUGAUGAUGGCGACCGGCGAUUCCGCGAUGACGGCGCUGCACGUCGCGAACGAGGUGCACAUCGCGUCCGGGGGGUUAGAGCGCGCGUUGACGCUCGUCGCGAGCGGCGGCGGCGGCGGCGGCGACGACGGCGACGGCGCGGCGCCGACGUUGCGUUGGGUCAGCGCGAAGACGGACGACGCGACGAACGAGCCGAUCCGCGAGAUUCCGUACGCGGCCGACGGGUCCAUCCCCGCGCUCGCGAAGGAUUACUGCCUCUGCGUCACCGGGGCGGCGCUGAACGCCGCCGCGGGCGUCGGGAGAGGCAACGGCGGGCUGUGGGACUACCUCGACUCCGUCGUCGUCUUCGCGCGGAUGUCCCCGGACGAUAAAGAGCGCGUGUUGAAGCGUCUGAAACAACAAGGCCGGCACACGUUCAUGUGCGGCGACGGCGCGAACGACGUCGGGGCGCUGAAGCAAGCGCACGUCGGCGUCGCGUUGCUCAGCGGGUUUGGCUCCGCGAACACGAAAAAGGUGGACGCCGCGGGCGCCGACGCGGGCGCCGUCGCGACGACAAACAAGAGCGAAGUCCCCACGGAAGCGAAAGCGGAGACGUUCUCAGAGAAGAUGAAACGCGACAUGGAGACGCCCAAGGUGAAGCUCGGAGACGCGUCCAUGGCGGCUCCGUUCACGUCGCGCAUCCCGUCCGUGCGCUCCGCGGUGGACAUCAUCCGCCAAGGCCGCUGCACGCUCGUGUCCGCGAUUCAGAUGCAGCAGGUCCUCGUGUUAUCCUGCCUCAUCUCCGCGUACUCCCUCUCGGUGCUGUACCUGGACGGGAUCCGAUCGAGCGAUAAUCAGAUGAUCGCGAGCGGCUCCGCGCUCACCGCGGCGUCGCUUGCCUUCUCGUACGCGACGCCGGUGCACACGCUGUCGCCCGUUCGACCGCUGCGGUCCAUCUUCCACCCCGCGAACUUCCUCUCGUUGAUCGGGCAGCUCGUGAUUCACAUCGGGUGCAUGGUGUACGCGGUUGAGAUGAACGCCCCGAUCGCGAUCGUGUCCGACGCGUUGAAGGCGAACGCGACGGAGGAGCAGCGGUCGAUCUGGGAGCAAGGCCCGCCGUUCAAGCCGAGCCUGCUGAACACCGUGGUGUUCCUCGUCGAGACCGUGCAGCGCGUGUGCGUCAUGCUCGUCAACUACAAAGGCAGGCCGUUCAUGAUGGGCGCGAUCGAGAAUAAGACGCUGUUGACGUCGCUGGCGUCGAUGGUCGCCGGCGCGUUCAUCUGCGCGUUCGAGGUGCUGCCGUGGCUGAACACGUGGCUGAAGCUCGUGCCGUUGCCGUCGUUCGACUUCCGCGUGAGGAUCCUCGCCGUCUUGGGGGUCUCCGUGGGGGGAACGAUCGCGUGGGACCAGCUCAUGUUGUUGUGCUUCGCGCCGCAGAUUUUGUUCGCGGCGUAUCGAGACACGUACCGAGCGUUGCCCGCGCCGAGGGAUCUCGUCAAGCCGGGGAAGCGCGCGAUCGCGAUGGGCGUCGCGGGGUAUCUGUACUUCACGACCGGGAACGUGUUCGUCCUCCUCGGGCUGUUUUACGCGAUGAAGAACAAGGUCAUCUGAUGGCGGCGUCGCGGCGAGGCGGGGGACGAGACCGCGCGUGUUGGUUUGUAAUAAUUCAUUCUAUCUCGUCAGACGUC